GGAGGCGGCGGCGGCGGCCCUCAAUUCUCCCCACAACCCGGCCUGGAGUGAGUUUUUUGUUCCGGCCCAGCCGCGCGCGCAGGGCGCUCCUCCUUACGUGUCGGUGAGCCUGACUUUCGACGGAACCCCUUUUCUCCCAUUGCCCCGCAGGGCGGCCGCCGCCGGCCCCUCCUUCCUCUUCCCGUUCGCUCCUCCUCUAACGGUUCCGCUUAGACACCCCGCAGCCGGGAGGGCAGGCUCGCCGGAGCCGGGCCCGGUCCAGGGGAGGCGAUGUCAGGCGGGGACUCGGCGGCCGCCGCGGCCUCCCCUCAGCCGCUCCCUUUCUCCCUGCCCAAGCCGCCUCCCCUCAUGCAGCUCAACCCCGGCGAGGGAGUGCGGCCCGUGGGGGCCCCCGGCCCGGAGCAGUCGCCCAAGAGCAGCCGCAUGGGAGGCCGCCCGGAUUGGCCGACCGGGAAGCCCGUCAGCCUCUUGGCUCCCCUCCUCCCGCCUCGAGGGGAGCCCGAACCCCUCCUGCCCUUCGGCCCGUCUUCCCGCCAGCCGCUCCGGGGGAGGCUGCUGGGCAGGUGCGGAGGUGGCGGCGGCGGCGGGAGCCUCCUCAAUCCUUCGAUGCGACCAGGUGGCGGCGGCGGUGGAGGAGGCGGCGGUGGCGGUAUGGGCCGAGAGCCCCUCAUGAUGGGACAUCCGGGUAUGCCUCACUACCCUCCCAUGGGAAUGCAUCCUAUGGGCCAAAGGCCACCCAAUAUGCCUCCAGUCUCUCAUGGAAUGAUGCCUCAAAUGAUGCCCCCUAUGGGAGGGCCACAAAUGGGACAGAUGCCUGGAAUGAUGCAAUCAGUGAUGCCUGGGAUGAUGGCACCCCAUAUGUCUCAUGCUCCCAUGCAGCCUACAGGACCGCCAGGAGUAAACAGUAUGGAUUCUCAAAUUGGUUUAGCCCCCCCAGGAACUCAGCCUACGCCUCCAGUAGUUUGUUCAGUGCAGCAAGUCACCCCGGCCAACAGCUCUGCUAAUGAGGAACCUUCGAAACAGAAAUCUAUGUGGUCAGAGCAUAAGUCACCAGAUGGAAGAACAUACUACUAUAAUACUGAAACAAAGCAGUCUACCUGGGAGAAACCGGAUGAUCUCAAAACACCUGCAGAGCAAAUGUUGUCAAAAUGUCCGUGGAAGGAAUAUAAGUCUGAUUCUGGAAAGCCUUACUACUACAAUUCCCAAACAAAAGAGUCACGCUGGGCAAAACCCAAGGAACUUGAAGAUCUUGAAGCAAUGAUUAAAGCUGAAGAAAACAGCGGUAAACCAGAGGAAUCUGUUCCAACAUCAUCUGCAGUCGCACCAGGGGUUACAAAUGCUGCAGCCAUUGUUCCUGAAGCUCCUAUAGCUGCCCCAGCAAUCCCUGCUGCUCCAGCUGUUGCAUCGGCUCCGGAAACUGAGCCUUCCACUGUUGCUACUGUUAUAGAAAAUGAAAGGGUCACUGCUAUAGCUGAUGAGCAGGUACAGCCAGCUGCUCCUGUUGUACAAGAACAGACUGCAGAAGUUGUGACAAACUCUGUCGAAGAAGCUCCUAAACAGGAAUCCUCAGAUGUUGCCGCCAAAAAGGACGAAGAAGAUGCCCAGCCAGUUAAAAAGACCUACACAUGGAAUACAAAAGAAGAAGCUAAGCAAGCAUUUAAAGAACUAUUGAAAGAAAAGCGUGUGCCAUCCAACGCCUCUUGGGAGCAAGCUAUGAAAAUGAUAAUUAACGAUCCAAGAUACAGUGCUUUGGCAAAACUAAGUGAGAAGAAGCAAGCAUUUAAUGCUUACAAGGUCCAGACAGAGAAAGAAGAAAAAGAAGAAGCAAGAUUAAAAUACAAAGAGGCAAAAGAAUCUUUUCAGCGUUUCCUUGAGAACCAUGAGAAGAUGACAUCCACUACCAGAUACAAAAAAGCUGAACAAAUGUUUGGAGAGAUGGAAGUCUGGAAUGCAAUAUCAGAACGUGAUCGUCUUGAAAUCUAUGAAGAUGUCCUAUUCUUCUUAUCAAAGAAAGAAAAGGAACAGGCCAAGCAGUUGAGGAAGAGGAACUGGGAGGCAUUAAAAAACAUCUUGGAUAAUAUGGCUAAUGUCACAUACUGUACUACCUGGUCAGAGGCUCAGCAAUAUCUGAUGGACAAUCCUACCUUUGCAGAAGACGAGGAACUUCAGAAUAUGGAUAAGGAGGAUGCAUUGAUUUGUUUCGAAGAGCACAUAAGGGCUUUAGAAAAGGAGGAGGAGGAAGAAAAGCAGAAGGGAUUGCUCAGGGAAAGACGACGGCAACGUAAAAACAGAGAAUCUUUCCAGAUAUUUUUGGAUGAGCUGCAUGAACAUGGCCAGCUGCAUUCAAUGUCAUCAUGGAUGGAGUUAUAUCCAACCAUAAGUUCUGAUAUUCGAUUUACUAACAUGCUUGGUCAGCCUGGCUCAACAGCACUUGAUCUCUUCAAGUUUUAUGUUGAAGAUCUGAAAGCACGCUACCAUGAUGAAAAAAAGAUAAUAAAAGACAUCUUAAAGGACAAAGGAUUUGUAGUUGAAGUGAAUACUACUUUUGAAGACUUUGUCACAGUCAUCAGUUCAACUAAAAGAGCUACCACUUUAGAUGCUGGAAAUAUCAAGCUAGCUUUCAAUAGUCUGUUGGAAAAGGCAGAGGCUCGUGAACGUGAGAGAGAGAAAGAAGAAGCCCGCAAAAUGAAACGGAAAGAGUCUGCUUUUAAGAGUAUGCUAAAACAAGCAACCCCUCCAAUUGAAAUGGAUGCAGUGUGGGAAGAUAUUCGGGAAAGGUUUGUGAAAGAACCAGCAUUUGAAGACAUCACUUUAGAAUCAGAAAGAAAAAGAAUAUUUAAAGAUUUCAUUUAUUUACUAGAGCAUGAGUGUCAACACCAUCAUUCAAAGAACAAGAAGCAUUCUAAAAAAUCAAAAAAACAUCACAGAAAAAGGUCUCGCUCUCGUUCGGGUUCAGAAUCUGAGGAUGAUGACAGUCAUUCAAAGAAAAAGAGGCAACGCUCAGACUCUCGAUCAGUCUCCGAACGCUCCUCCAGCGCGGAAUCUGAGAGAAGCUACAAGAAAUCAAAGAAACACAAAAAGAAGAACAAAAAGAGGAGACACAAGUCUGAUUCUCCAGAAUCGGAUGUGGAUCGAGAAAAAGACAAAAAGGAGAGAGAAAAUGAAAAGGAAAGAAGUAGGCAAAGAUCUGAAUCUAAGCAUAAAUCACCUCCUAAAAAGCGACCUGGCAAAGAUUCUGGUAAUUGGGAUACUUCUGGUAGUGAAUUAAGUGAAGGUGAACUAGAAAAACAAAGGAGGACCCUCUUGGAACAACUGGAUGAAGAUCAAUAAAAAAACACAGACUCAUCAGUACAACACAGAGGCAACAACAUCUAUCUUGUGGAAGAGUCUGGAAAGGGAGUAGCCCCUAAGUGAUGUGACGUCAUCCAGCACAGGCAAGAGCUGCAGAUUAAUCCAUCCCACACACUACAGAUAAAAACACACGGGAAAAGAAAGACUGAAAAGCACCAGCAACGCUGCUUAAACGCUUACAGCGUCAUCCCUCCUUUAUCUUAAAAUUGGCUGUGAUUUGCAGCAGUUUUUGUGUUGGCAUACAGAGAGAGGAGGAAGCUAAGUAAAAAGUGAUGCUUGCCAGCUCUGUGUAUCCUCCACCACCGGUGUGCUAGAAGAAAUCCUUACCCUCGAGUGAACAUUUGGAAAUUUAGUGAUAUUAUUCUUCUUUAAGGCUAAACAGAAGGGGGAAAAAACACAGAAUGAUGGUUAAGUUAAAAAUGGGAUGGAACAUGAAGAGCAACUCAAUUCUGUGCCCAAAAAGCAAAAUAAUAAUAUAUUUAUUUAUUUUUUUAAAAAAAUGUAAAAAGCCACAUAUGUUAGCAAGUAAAGCAAAAGUGGGUGAGGUGGAGGCUUAAAGAAGGUUAAAAAAGAGAAAGGGAAGGGAAGAGGUGGCCAUCGUAAGCCUCUUACUAAUAAAAUUCCAAGCUGCUUUGAA